CAAGUUGACACAACUCAACAUUUGUGACUUGUCUUUAUCUAUGUUUGUGAGGUUGGAUCUGUCAGAAGGCUCUGGUAAGCGCUACGUGCUGCUGACCGGCCUCAACGACACUGGUAAGACGCUGAUUUACUCCCAGCUCGUCUACAACCGGCACGUUGCCACUUUCACCUCCAGCCAGGACAAUGAGGGCCAAUUCAACACGCAGAAGAACUUCGUCACCCUAGUGGACCUGCCAGUCUUCCACAGCAUUCGGCAGCAGUUUUUCGAAAAAUACAAGGCUUCCUCCAAAGGAAUCGUGUACGUAGUCGAUUCGGUCACUUUGGCGCAAAAUGUGCGCGACGCUGCCAAUGUGCUCUACAACAUCCUGAUUGAUCCGGCGGUGGUAAAGAACAGGCCGCAGCUGCUCAUUCUGUGCAAUAAACAGAACCAGACACUCGCCAAAGGCUGCACGGUGAUCAAAUCGAUGCUGGAAAAGGAGCUAAACACGUUGGGCUACCUAGCGACGCUGAAAAGCUACUGCGGCUGACAAAGCAGGUCUUCCAGCGCAGGAACGAGGUAUUUUGCAUAGAC